AUGAACUAUCAAGUCAAGCGUACUAUGCGGCAGAAUUCAGUGUCGGUUGCAGCCACUGAUAUUGGAGGAGUCGCAUCACCCAUUAUGGCUACCACAUCAUCGGCGCCCAGCACACCGCAAUUGCAAAAUUCGGAAGACAACAAACCUCCAGUGAACGUUCAUCGUCAGGUAAUUCUGGUGCAGAGCGGCAAUGUGGCCCAGACGCAGAAUCAGGUGCAACUUCAAGCUGCCACAACUGCAGGAAACCAAAAUACACAAGUAAUGGCCGCCAUGCAAAUGGUAGACGAUGUGCCUGUUUCAUUACUCACUGAAAUUGCUGACAUAAUGCGUAGCUUUGGUGACAGUGAUCAGCCACGAACGACAAGUGUUAAACUGGUGGAACAAAUACUGCAGCAGCAGCUACGUGGCAUCUUCAAUGAAGCCUCACUGGUUGCCAUGCGACGCAAACAGAAUCCAUGUCCUUCGCAGGCAGAUUUUGAGUUCCUAAUGCGAAAUCAUCCCGUGAAAAUAGCACGAAUGCGGAAGCACUUAAAGGAUAUGCGCAUUUUGAAACGAUUUCUUAGCAUACGCACUGGUCGACCCCAGGACUUUAUGGACGAUCUAGAGCAGCAGGAAGAGGAUGAAGAACUGGCUAUUGAAGUUCAUGAAUUGCACGACGAGGAUCGCAUGCGGCGCUUGUUUCGUGCCGAUCGCAUAUCUCAAAUACUCACAGGACAGCAGUACCUGGAGUUUAACGAGGCACGAAAGACAUCUUUUUACUGCCGACAUGGCGAGAAAAUUAAAAACAAAUUCAGACGAUUUCUAGACUUGCCUGCCGAUCUCCGCAUUCCGACGCCCACAAUGAAUAUUUUGGCGUACCUAGCGCACGAAACAAUUGCGGCCAUUGUCGACUACUCGAUACUAACGCGCCUGAAUUCAGAAAAUCGCGCCACCGAACCGUAUAGUCGCGUCACCUCAGCUGGGGGAAGUCCUGCAAUGAUGCAUGUCUGUCCAGAGGUGACACAAGGCCGCGGCAUGGAAGUUGUCAAGCCCAUUAGUGUUCAAGAAAUACACGAAGCAAUGCGACGUUUUCGUCAAAUGAGCAAUCGUAAAAUAGGUCGAUAUCGUAACUCCUGCGACAUUGACUUUAGGCGUAGUUUUCUUGCCAUUUAG